AUUGCCCCUCCAAGAAAUCACUAGGGUUUAUUCAAUUGUUCAUAAAGCAAACAAUUCAUUAAGUCCUCAUAAAUAUUGCUGAGACUGUGACAAUUGAUUUUUAUUGCAACAUGCGAUUGUUGGGACGAGGGAGGGCGAUGUGCAGGAGGUGAUGAUGAUUUUCAUACAGAAGAUCGAGGAUUUCAGGUCAAUGUACCGUCAAGCUGAAAGGAAACAGUCAUUGGGUUACGACUGGCAUCCUGAGUGCCUCAGGUGCGAGGAGUGCGGUAAAAGGCUCAACCCUGGACAACAUGCUGAGCAUAAAGGAGUACCAUAUUGCCACGUACCGUGCUACGGAGCUCUCUUCGGACCUCAGCUAUUUGGACACGGAACUAGAGUCGAAUCACACACGAGUUUUGGUAAAAAGGAACCACGAUCAACACUUCCAAGAUCGCAUUUGGAAAAUAAACUGAAGCUCUUCAACCAGUAUUACGAAGGCAAGAGCGGUGGCAUCCGCAGUCGUGAGGUGAACGGCCGGCUAAUAUUGGAAGGAGCUUUAAGGAUCUACUGGGGAGUGCGUGGAGUAAUUCACCUGAAAGAGGACGACGACCAGCGUACAGUGGUAACAGCGAGGAACCGGAAUUCCUGCAGAAAAAGUGUCUCUGAGGAGUCUUCUGACGAUGACGAGAAGCGUGAGAAUCCCCCCAAAGAUUUGUCUCCAACCGAGAGUCAACUGGAGAGCGAGCCAAACUCUCUCCCCACGUCUCCGGAUCACCUCAAGAGUCUGACUCUUCCAAUGAAGCUGGACGUGAAAAAUAUGGAGCUGGACGAAUUGGAUGAGCUCCUCCAGGUUGAGAGGAAGGUGGAGGAUGGGGACAAAUUGUAUCAGACAAUGCCAGAGAAUCUCCCGUCAUUGAGUUCACAUUCCAGUAUAGAUACUCCACCAUUGUCUCACCAGUCGAGUCUUGAUGGGAAUGAUAAGGGUACUGCGAGUCCUCAGAAGAAUGAAACCAGCAUGAGCAGCACUCCAACGCACAGCAUCGAUUCUUCUUCUGGGACAGACACUCCUAAUUUCCAAGGAACGCCCAAUAGGAAUGGAACAUUGAGAAAAGUCGAGUACUUCGACAGCCUUGAGAAGAACUCGGGUAACAAUCGAUCCAUCAGCAACGAUGACAGCUGGAUUGAAAAAGGUCUGAACAGGUCCAUGUCAGGGCCUGACUGCCUCCAGAGGAAUCGUGGGGACAGUGACACGGAGUCAGUGAAUUCCCUGCAUUUCAGAGAGGAUGACAACAUGACGAUGUCCACUGACAGUGGACUAGAGCUCGAUGGGGUAGUCCUGAGAAGGAAACAAGGAUCCACUGCCAUCAGGAGGCGACCUGGGGGCAGGAGGCAGUCCAGGGGAAGACUCAGACGUAGGUGCUCCAUCAAUGGACAUUUCUAUAAUCGGGAGACGAGCUUUUUCACUCCUCCUCAUGGCUCCCAGAUGUCUGUUUGGGUUACGAGCCUCGUUAGCACUCAGGAGGUUAUCAAUCUGAUGCUGGACAAGUAUAAGGUUGACGCCAAACCUGCAAAUUUUGCACUGUUUGUUGUCAGGGAUAAUGGAGAGCAGAGGAGUUUGAGAGAGGAUGAGUAUCCUCUGGAAGUCAGGGUCGUUCUGGGACCCCACGAAAAUGUAGCACGUCUCUUCCUAGUCGAUAAACUUUCAACUCCAGAGAUCAGUUCUGAUGUCGCCCAGUUUUUGAAUCUUUCGUUACCUGAGUGCCAUGGAAUCUUGCAAAGAUAUCAUUACGAGGAGGAGAGACAGAUGUUACUGUUGAAGGAGAAGUAUAAAGAAAUGCGACGUCGGAUAAAACAACGUAUGGAAGAACUAAAAGUCCGAUUAUAGACGAAUAAUCAAUUAAUAUUCUGUCGCAAUAUAUUGCUGCGACAUUUUGCAGACUAAUUUUUUAAAAAGAAUUAUUAACACAUUUGUUUGACGUUCCAAAUAUCAAAUUCUUUAAGAUAAUAAGGCUAACGCAAUUUUUUUUGAUUCUUUUUUUUACUGUGAAUUUUUAUGAGUGCAAUUUAGGUCUAAGGUCAUGCACUGGAAGAUAAAUAUUCCGAAAGCAGGCCACCUUUUUGUGUGAUGGUAACGUGAUAAGAACCACCAACAUAUCGGUUCCAUUUUUUCAAAGAAAAAGGCUUGAAAACGACUAAUUUAUGUCGUUUGCUUGUAGUCCCCUGUUUAAUGCUCGUUUUUAUGCCCUAGAAUUGAGUUUUUUCGUUCCAAGUUCUAGGUAGCUUUUGAUUGAAGGCCACUGAGCAAUUUAUACCUUUGCCAUAGCCAACUUCAUAAUCUUUUUAAUUAACAAAUUAUUCUAAUUAUAUUAUUAAUUAACUUCAGAGCUGAGGAUUUAUGAUCUUUUUAUAGGAGAACUUUAGUCAGCUUUUAUACAGUUUAUUUUAGCCCGAGAAUUUCAGACUGCUGUGAAACUAGCAUUUUAAAAAAUAAUUGAGAGGACACUACUAUGAGUUUUAAAAAUCGUCGGCAUUUUGAGUAAAUUCUAUUGUAAACCUCUCUUUUGGUAAAAUAUCUCGGGAGUUCUAGAAGUAGAGGUCUCGGAUUAACAAUUAGUUUUUCUUUGCAUUAAUGUCCUUUCUAAGAUAUAAUAAUUGAUGUUCAGAGCAUGACGUACAUCAUUUAAAUAUCCUACGAAUUUUUGAAACUCAUAGGAGCCUCCCCUUGAAUGGAGAUAAAAUUGCAUGAGAUUAUAAUUCAGUCCUAAAGUGAGAAGACGUAGCGACUUGCCUAGUGUCCAACAAUUAAUUAAGGAAAUAAGUCUAUGUGAUUUCAGAACAAAGUUGACAUUUUUAGGCCCGCAAAGCAUCUAUUUCUGAGAUCAUGUCAUAAUCAAAAGUGACAUGACAUUUGACAUUUCGAUUACGUUUACUCACUUCCAAGAAAAUAGCCGCUUUUACGAAAUGACCAGAUAGAAAAAUAAGGACGAACGGUUUAUCGAGACCCGAAAAGAAAUAUUUUAAAAACCGACGUUGAGCCGACGGUAGAAGAGGAAUGAAUAUCAAAUAACGAUUUAUGAAUAUAUACCAUAUGAAAAUACACCUUAUGUCAAAUGUGACAAAAUUUAUGAUUUUAUUGUCACAUAUCUCUCAUUCAUUUCCAUAUUUUUUUAGUGUAGAAUCCAUUGCUCCAAUUGUUUUUAUCCAUGACAGAAUCGAAAAUAGAAAUUUUCAACGAAUUGUGAAUGCUAAAAAAUACCAGUGAAGAUAAAUUGUAUUAUAUGGCAAUGUAAUGCAGAGUUGUAUAAGUCGAGUUAUAGUCCGAAUAAAAAUACUGUUCUUUGUAAAAUGAAA